AGGCCGAGCUCCGGCAGUGGACUCGAACAAAGAUCAACAAAACAACAUGAACGUCAACUUGAUUUGUCUACUGGUCAGUUUGGCCGGAGCUGUUUCGUCUGCAUCCACUGGUCAAUCACAAACUAAUUUAAUACAAUUGGCCAGCAGACUUCGGGCUAGUAAAUUAGUCAGCCUUGUGCAACAGGCUGGACUUACCGACACCCUUGCACAUGGAGGUCCAUUUACCAUCUUCGCUCCGUCUGACGAUGCUUUCAACAAACUUCCUACUGAUGUUCUCAACGCGCUUAGUCAGAAUGUUUCGCUCUUACAGGAAGUGUUGAAAUACCAUGUGGUGCGCGGGGACAUUCUUUCCUCCGACCUUAUCAAUGAUUUCACAUUGCCCACAUUGUUGCCGUACCGGAAAAUUAGAAUCAAUAUGUACAAAAACAACACGCUAGUAACAGCGACAGGAAGUCGGGUCACUGUCGUCGACCAAAUGGCUUCUAAUGGCGUCAUACACGUAAUAGAUGAAGUGAUGUACAAAAUCCCUGAUCAUAGCUUCCUCACAUACGCCGCCAUGCAGCCUGACUUGGACAACUCGUUUAUAACGCUAUAAGAGCGAAUCUAGAGACCACUCUAACAGGAGGACCAUUCACCGUGUUUGCUCCUGUUGAUCCUGCUUGGUAUGCUCUACCGCCAAACUUCCUAAACGUCGUCUUCCUCAGUCUCAACAAAUCACAAGAGCUGUUGGAAUACCAUGUUGUAAAGGGAACAUACUACAGUAUCGGACUCAAAGACGGACAGAAUGUUCCUACUUUGGAGGGCGAGGGCCUGACCGUAAGAAUGACUGGAGGGAAAGUAUUGAUUAACAAUGCUACCGUAACCAAGCCCAACUUAAGCGUUACGAAUGGAGUGGUUCACAUCAUUGAUAAGGUGUUGGUUCCAUCAUUGCUACAAAACAUCACGUGAUAUCGAGCUUCAUAAUAUGUAUAUACACGUAUAUUGUACAUUAUCAUUUUCUCAUUUACAGUUCUGUAAGUUUCAAUAAAAAAAAAUGUGUUAAAA